AUGGAAUUUAAAAUUACCACUAAUAUCCCAAAUAUUAAUAAUAAUACAAAUAAUAUCAACAAUAACAACGACAAUAACAACAAUAAUAAUAAUACUACCACUAAUAAUUAUAAUAAUAAUAAAAAUAAUAACAAUAAUAAACCAUUUAAAUUGAUGUCACCUGAAGAAUGUCACUCAAAGUAUAUCAAUAGUUAUAAAACCCAAGAAUGUAGAUUGGGGAUUAUUAAAUGCUCAAAAGAUAGAGAUUGUUUCUUUUAUCACAAAAGAGAUGAACGUAGAAGACCACCAUAUGAUAGCGAUGGAAAACUACUUUAUUCAAAUAAUCUUUGUCAAACUCUUUGCAAUAAUGAAAAUUGUGGAUUCUCUCAUAAUGAUGUUGAAGUAAUGUAUCAUCCACUGGUAUAUAAAACUAAAUUUUGUAAAGAUUAUGUAAACAAUCAAGCAUGUAAAAAAGGUAGAUGGUGUGCAUUUGCACACUCUGAAUUAGAUCAUAGAAAGGUUGAAAGAAACAAAUCAAAGAAACCAAAUUUUGGAUUAUCAUCACCUUCGCUCAAUAGUAAUCAAAAUAAUAAAUUCUUUGGUAACAAUGGAAAUUGCCAUCAACAGUUAUCACCACCUUCUUCAACUUGUUCUUCAUCAUCAUCUUAUUCUUCAUCUCUUUCACAAGUAUCAAUUUCAAAUUCACUAUUACCUUUAACAAUUUCAAAUAAUAAUAAUUAUUAUCUCGAACAUUAUUCUGAAUUUGAAAUUAAUAAUUCAUUAAUUAAGAAAAAUAUUAUAGUUGGGGAAAUUAAUAUAAAAAAAAAUAAUCCAAAUAAUGCAACCAUUAAACCAAAUUAUUUAUAUUUUCAAGAUAAAAUUUUUAAUAUAACUGGUUAUUUUAAUAGAAAUCGUUCCUUUCAUGGUGAUAUAGUUGCAGUUGAAAUUUUAACAAAUAAUCAACAACAACAACAUGAUGAAGUUAUUUUUGAUAAAGUUUUUAAAGAAACCAUUAAAAGAACUCAAAAUUUAAAUCAAAAUGAUCAAAUAAUUAAUAAUAAUCAACAAAUUAAUGAUAAUAAUAAUAAUCAACAACAACAACAACAACAACAACAACAACAACAACAACAACAACAACAACAACAACAACAACAACAACAAACUAAUAAUAAUAAAUUAAUUGAAUGUAAAGUUAUAUCAAUUAUUAAAAGUCAACACAAAGAAAUUUAUUGUUGUAAAUUUUUAAAAAGAAAAGAUCAAUUCCUUUUCUUUGAACCAACAAACUGUAAACUCGCAUGUAUAAUGGUUUUAAUAUUUGAUAAUAAUCAGCUUUUAAAAUUACCAUUGUUAAAUGGUAAUAUCAUUUAUGAAAUUAAAUUAGAAUCAAUUUGGUCAUCAUCAACUUUAUUUCCAAUUGGUACAAUUAAUAAUCAUUGGGCAAUUUCGAAUGAGUUUUUAAAAGAACUUUCAAUUAUAAAAAUUGAAAAUAAUUUAUCGCCAAUUUCAAAUUUAUCAACAGCUACCACAACAAACACCACCACCACCACCACUACUACUACUACAACUACAACAACCACUACUUCAACUAAUACAGCAACCAAUACAAUUAUAAAUUCAUUAUCAAAUAAAUCAAUUGUUUUUUUUGAUAAUAAUGAAGAUUAUGAAGAUUUAAGAGAUUUAUUAUGUUUUACAAUUGAACAGGAUAAUAAUAAUAAUAUUUCAUAUGCAUUUUCAUUUAAAAAGAGUUUGGAUGGUAAAGUUACAAUUUUUGUUCAUUUUCUUGAUUGCACAAGUUUUAUUGAAAUUGGAUCAACAUUGGAUAAAAUUGCUUGUAUGAAUGGUAUUUCAAUUGAUUUUGGUGGUAUUGAUAGAGUUGAUAUCAUUGAUCAAGAAUUUAUUACUCAAAACUUAUCAUUGUCACCUGGUAAAGAAAGAAAAUGUUUUACAGUUGAAUGGAGUUUUGGUGGUUUAAAUCAUAUUGGUGAAUCAGUUUCAAGACGUAUCCAUAAGUCAAUUAUUAAAUCAACGACUAAUCUUUCUUAUUCACAAGUUCAAAAUAUUUUUAAAGGUUUACCAAUCGAUGAUAAACUUGAAAUUGACCAAGAUAGUAAAUUUCAACAAUCUGAUAUUGAAACUAGUUUAUUGGUAUUCAAGAAUCAUGUCCUUUCAAAAAAUUUAAUUAUAAAUUCAAAUAAUCAAUUUGUAUCUUUUGAAUUUAAUACAAUCUUAAAUGUUCCAAUUAAAGUUAAACAACCUCAAUUACCAAAUGAAUCAGUAUCAAAUUUAAUUCAAGAGGUAUUAAUGUUGGCAAAUUUCAUUGUUACUUGUACAUUGGCUGAAUGGGGAAUCGAAGGUUUAAUUUAUAAAGUUUCAAAUAGUUUAGUUCAAUCAAAUUUAUUUAAAGAAACUGAUCUAUUUAAAUUGGUUCAAUCAUUCAAAUCAAAUCAAAAUCUUAGUAUUAAUUGUAAUACUAAUGAAGAACUUUUUUUAAAUUAUAUUUUAAAUCAAGUUUCAGGAAAUUUGGAAUCAUUUAAAAUUAAAAAAGAGAAAUAUCAACACUUUCCUUACUAUAGUGAAUUUACUGAACCUUUAAAAAGAUAUUCAGAUAUCUAUAAUCAAAGAAUUUUAAAUUUAAGAUUUAAUAAAAAUAAUCCAAAUAAUAAUAAUCCAAAUAAUAAUAGCCCAAAUAAUAAUAACCCAAAUAAUAAUAAUAAUUUAUCAAGUACAAUUAAUAAUAAUAAUAAUAAUAAUAAUAGUAAUAUUAAUAAUAAUAAUAAAUGUUUACCAAUUGAAUUUUUAAAUUUAGAAAAUUUAAUUUUACAUUUAAAUGAAAAAUUUCAAAAAUCAGUUAUAGCAUUAAAAAAGUUUCAAAAGAUUUCAACUAAAUCAUUGAUUCAAUUAAAAUCAUCAAUAGUUGUAAAUGUUUUAGUAAUUGGUAUUUCAAAUGAUUAUUUACAAGUUUGGUGUAAAGAAUAUAAUAAAUUAUUUACAAUUUCAAUUUCAAACUUUAAACCAACUGUUCAAUUUGAUAAUUCAGUUGAAAUUAAAUUACCAAAGAAUCAUUUAUUAUUAAAUUUAUCAAAUUUAAAUGAUGAUAAAAUUUUUGUAAAACUUUUACAUUCAAUUCAAGUUUUAUUAUUUUUUAAUAAUCAAUCAAAUCAAUUAGAAUUAUCAUUUUUAAAUUCAAUUAAAUCAACACCAAAUUUUAAUUGUUUUCAUAAAUUUAAUCAAGAUAUAUUUUUAAAUAAAAUUUUUCAAGAUUAUAAAAUUGGAUCAAAAUUUGAAAAUUUUAAUCAUUAUAUUGAAUUUUGGAGUACAAUGAUUGAUUUAAAUUCAGUUUAUAAGAAUGUUGGUAAUAGUAUCCAUCAUCAACAACAACAAAAUGAAAAUUCAAUUUUUUUAUCAUCAGUUUUGAUUUCUUGGAGUAAGAAAAAGAGAAAAUAUGUUGGAGCAAUUGAACUACCAUUAAAUUUAAAUUUAGAAAAGAUUUCAAAAGGUGACUUUAUUUGUUGUAUUUAUUUGGGUAAUGAUAGAAACCCACCAUUUUCAACUCAUUCUAUAAUUUCAAAGGUGGGUAUUAAAGAUGAAAAAUGGUUAAAGAUUAAAUUUCCAGCAAAAAUCGAGAAAAUAAUGAUGAGAACACCCUUUUUCGUCGAAAUUACUCAUCGUGAUUCAUUCAAUCAUGAUUUAAUGGUUGGGGUAUCAUUAUUUUCAAAUAUAAAAUCCCCAUUAAAAAUCCCAUCAGCUUGUCAAUCUAUCAUUUCAACUGGUGUUGGAAACGAGUUAAUACCAUUUUCACCAUCUAAACUUCCAAACUCUGGUUUCUCUUUAAAUUCUUCACAAGAAAUGGCAGUUCAUAGUUCAUUAUAUAAUAAAGUAACCAUCAUUGAAGGUCAACCUGGUUCUGGUAAAACAACUUUAUCAUUUUUAAUUUCAAAAUUUUCAAUUCAAAAUUUAAAAUUAACAAAUAGAAUUUUAAUUUGUGGUCCAAAUGAUUUUAGUUUA